GAAGCUUUUGUGUUAUGUCGUUCUGAUUGGAUUGUAAACGGAUAAUAUUGGGUUUGUGUAUUGAGACAUAUCAGCGAAUAUAUUGACAGUGCACAUAUUGUUAACACAAUCGACGUGUUGUGUUCACCAAUGGUUAAAUAAGAUAUACACUAUGAAUACAAGUAUACUUUAAUGUUCGUGAACAUUUUUAAAACGUGGGUAUGAACAACCCGAAACACAAACCAUCAUGUACCUUCUGACGAACUGAUUUCAAGAAGGACAGUAUAAAUUGUUUUUGAGAGAGAGAGAGAGAUUCUUAUCUUUCCGACGAAUGGUCAAAGCAAUGAUAAUUUGCAGAUAAUAAGACAAUUUACGUCAUAGUAUUUAAAAUAUACGACGUAACAUGAUACCUCGCCUUUACAUCAGAUAUAUAAAGAGGGGAGGUUGUGUUAUGAUUUGUGUAAGUGUACUAUUGGGAUGGUUGGUGACCCACAAAAACAAUGAUUUGCAUGUAGAUGACCCUGUUACUACAGUACCAGUUGUCCAUAUAACAACUAGAUUAGUGGUAAACAAUAGUGUUACAGUAAAUGACAGUGCAAUAGUAAACAAUAGUGCAGUAGUAAACAGUAAUGGAAUAGUAAACAGAAAUGGAAUAGUAAACAAUAGUGGAAUAGUAAACAGUAGUGGAAACACUACAGCUAUUGUAAGGAAAUGCUGGAAUAGACAAUGCUUGAACGAUUUGAUGGACGUGAAAAUAAGAUACAAAACUGGUGUAAGUUGGAGAAAGAGCAACUUGACAAAAAAGCGUAUACUUUGGUAUAAGGAUCCAGGGACAAAUAUAACAGACACAACACAGAUGUUCACCAAUUGUGAGUACAGUAACUGUGUCGCCACUGAUAAAGUUUCUGAGGUGAACCAUGUGGAUGCAGUUAUAUUUACAGUGAGCUCCUUACACAUGGGACAACAACCACCAUUCAAAAGGGAAAAUCCAGACCAGGCAUGGAUAUUCAAACUUGGAGAGAGUCCUUAUGGGCGUGGCUUUUCUGAGUAUAGCUCAUCGCACUGGCGAAAUCAGGUUAAUUGGUCUAGUUCUCUUAAUUUGGAUACAGAUAUGCCUCAUGGAGCUGGCUUUAUAAAGACAAGGACUACAAUUAUUGAGAAAGACUAUGACGCUAUCUUUACUGGCAAAAACAAAACCGCUCUCUGGAUUGUAAGCAAUUGUAGAACGCAAAGCAAACGAGAGCUCUAUGUAAGGAAGUUACAAAACAGCGGCCUCGAUGUAGAUAUCUAUGGUUCAUGUGGUAAAGGAAAAAUACAGCCUGAUGAUGUGCAAAGGUUGAUUGGAAAAUAUAAGUAUUAUCUUGCUUUUGAAAACUCUUUCUGCAGUGACUAUAUAACUGAGAAGUUUUUGAUGAAUUACAACCAUGACUGGAUAUUAGUGGCAAGAGGCGGGGCAGACUACCGGAAGGUAAUUCCAACACAAACUUACGUUAACAGUGCGGAGUUUGAAUCGCCAGCCAAACUGGCGGAGUAUCUCAAUAAUUUAGCAAGUGACAAAGAUCGGUAUGUGAAGUUAUUGAAAGAGAAAGACAAGUAUGAAGCUCAGUAUGGUGCCGGUUGGCCGUACUUCUUGUGUGAGCUGUGUCAUAGAUUAAACCAUUUGUCAGAAUACAGACAUUCAUAUCCGGAUAUAGCUGAACAUCUACAAAAGGACAGAUGUUUCAAGCCAAGAGACAACUCAGGGCUGAUGGUAGAAGGGUGCAGAAUCAUUCAUAUUUUAAUGACGCUUUUUAUCUUAUGGCAUUAACACUUAAUAGUUACUUGUACACACAGGAACAAAUCUAAUCCACUGCAUGUGUAGUCUUUCUAUCUUGUUUGGGACGUGGUGUAUCUCUUUUCUAAUGUAUGUAUGAUUUUUAUCAUGAGCAUCUUAACGGGAUCUCCUUUUAUUGUUUGACUGCUAAGCGUAACCCUGUUGUUUGCAUUGAACAUGUAUUAUUAAAUCAUUUUAGCAUCAUUUAACAUACGCAUGAAAAUUUUGUGUUGAGAAAUGGAUAAGUUCACAUUGUUGUUAUAAAACGUAAAAUAUAUACUUAAGUAAACAACCAUAGCUAUAUAAAGAAACAGACGUGUUUAAUGCUGUUAAUAUCUCCAUAUUUUAACAUUAACAAGAAAUAAAGAU